UUUGUGAGAACUGGAAAAAUCUAUGAAUAAAAUGGCGAAUUCAAGAAGUAUGACUCAUGCUGUGCGAUCUUUGUGCAGAACAGUGGUGAUACAAACAGUGACAAGAACUGUGAUCUCUGCAGCAAGCACUUGUUACAGAUAUUACAUGCACAAUAACUUUUCAAGCACUUCCCAAGUAAGGAAGUCUUUCGUCAUAAACAGCAAUGAAGAUUUUGUUAACAAGGUCAUGAACAGUGAUGUUCCAGUCAUUGUCAAUUUUCAUGCAGAAUGGUGUGACCCCUGUAAGAUCCUGUCUCCAAAACUUAAAGAGUUAGUUGACCCAAUGAAUGAUGUUCAUCUUGCUAUUAUUGAUGUAGAGAAUAAUGCUGAACUGGUUCAUGCAUUUGAUGUCAAAGCAGUGCCAGCUGUCCUUGCUGUAAGAAGUGGUUUAGUAGUUGAUAAGUUCAUUGGGUUAGUUGAUGCAGAUAUGAUAGAGAAUUUGAUUAAGAAAUUAACGAUGAAGCAAGGUGGAUAAAAUAAUAAACAGAGAUACAGAAAACAGGACAUUACAGUGUAGUGGCUAGCAGUCCUGCUUUGUGUCGAGUUUUAAGCCUUGGCCUGGUGAAGAGCUGCCUUGACUACAGUUUUUUGUGAUUCUCCUCCUCCUGUCCCAAGAAAAUGAUGCUGUCUAGCAUUAAUAAAGAUAAUUUGCUACUCUUA